UUGUAUUGGUGGGCUGGACUUGGACAAACCUUAGCCAGGCCCAUUGACAGCCCUUACCAAAAGUGUAAGUAAUCGUUCAACUCUUUUUUGCCAACACUGGCGUGGGCAGCAGCAGCAGCAUUCAAAUCCAUCUCUUCUAACGAGUCAUGGACUCUUUUCCCUCUUCUCAUACCACUUCUCCUCCACCACCCAAGAAGCUGAAAAUGUCCACCACCACAUCCGACGACGACGACGCUCCCAAUCCCUCCUCCGACGCACACAAACCCAAGCGCUUCAAGCGCCGCAAGAUCGCUAUCUUCCUUGCCUACUGCGGCUUCGGCUACCAAGGCAUGCAGAAGAACCCUGGCGCGAAGACCAUCGAAUCCGAUCUCGAAGACGCUCUCUUCCUCUCCGGCGCCGUCCCCGAACCUGACCGCCACAGCCCUAAGCGCUUUGACUGGGCCCGUGCUGCUCGCACUGACAAGGGCGUCUCAGCCGUCGCCCAGGUCGUCUCUGGUCGCUUCUAUAUCGACCCUCCCGGACUCGUCGACCGCCUCAACUCCAACCUCUCUCCUCAGAUACGCAUCUUCGGAUACAAGCGGGUCACGGGCUCUUUCAAUGCCAAGAAGUUCUGUGAUCGCCGCCGGUACGUUUACCUCCUCCCUGUCUUUGCUCUCGAUCCCAACUCUCACCCCGACCGUGAGAGCGUGCUGGCUAGCGUUGGCUCUGACAACGAGCUUCUCAAGUGCUUCGAGUGCUCAGAGCGUGGCCGCAAGGUCAUUGGUCUUGUGGGCCGCCGGGGCGCCAAUGAGCAUUCAGGAACAACGGCAGAGAGUGGUGGAAAUACGGUUUUUUCUGAGGCUGAGAGAGCGGAAGAAACUGAAAUAAUGGAACCGGGGCUUGUCAGAUGCAGCAAUGGAGAAUUCAAAGAAAAUGAAAAAACUGAAGAACCCAGAACUGAAAUAAAUGAAGAAAUUGAACAAAUGGAAGAAUCCAAAACUGAAACAGCUGGGAAGAAUGAAAAAUGUGAAGAAACCGGAACAGUAAUGGCCAAAACCGGUGAAAGAACUGAACCUGGAUUGGGUGGAUUCAAUAACGGAGAGCCCAAAACAGAAAUAACUGAAAACAAUGAAGAAUCUGAAGAAACUGGAACCAAAAUGGUUGAAAAUGCUAAAAAAAGGGAACCUGGGUUGGUUGGAUUUAGUAAUGGAGAGCAGAUGGCGGCACCAGCUGUGAAGGGUAGCGAUUUUUAUUAUGGAGAGAAGGAGAGAGAGAGGUUUAAUGGGAUACUAAAGCAUUAUGUUGGGACGCACAACUUCCAUAACUUCACUACACGGACCAAAGCUGAAGACCCAUCUGCUCGGCGUUACAUCAUUUCGUUCUCCGCUGACACCGUCGUUACUGUUGAAGGGAUGGAUUUUGUCCGGUGCGAGGUUGUUGGGCAGAGCUUCAUGCUUCAUCAGAUACGAAAAUUGAUUGGGCUCGCAGUCGCUGUCAUGAGGAAUUGCACACCGGAGUCAUUAAUAGAGACUGCAUUGAGAAAGGAUAUAAAUGUCAAUGUCCCAACAGCUCCUGAGGUCAGGUUGUAUCUGGAUGAAUGCAUGUUUUCUUCAUAUAACCAGAAAUGGAAAGAUACACAUGAAGAACUGUCUAUGAAAGCAUAUAUGGAAGAGGCUGAGGAGUUCAGGAUGAAGUAUAUUUAUUCUCACAUUGCAUCCAUGGAACAGAAGGAAGGAGUUGUGGGCCUCCGGCUGCACUCCUUAAACCACCGUAAUUAUCCUGACUUGCGUUCGGUCGAGGUCAAUGGAGCUUGUGCCGAUGUGGAAUGCGUUCAAGACGUCAAUAUUGGGGAGUAGUUUUUUUUUUUUUAAUAAAGGAAACGGUUUUCGUAUCUGGAUUGCAGCAUCUUUGGCUAUUCUCAUCUCCUGUCUUGAGCAAUUUUUGGAGGAAAUGGCUGCUAAAAGCUGCUUUCCAUGCAAUGUAUGCAUCUUUUAUUUAUGUUUGAAUGCCGAUUCUCAUAUAGAAACUUCCAUAUGACUUGUUUCUUUUCUUUUUUCUUGGGGAAAAGAUUAUAUCUUGUUUU